AUGCGUCUCGUUCGAGAUUGCCUGUAUGGGGGGUUAUUCCUUAACACGGCGCUCUUCUCCCAGCUCUCCCACGCCAUCGAUAUCGAUAUCAGCAGUACCAGUUCAAUUAAAGAUGCCGCCAGUAAGACGGCCUACGGGUCCAUGACCUGGUAUCAUGGAAACGAAACCGGUCAGAUUCCCGGUGCUUUCCCUAGCAAGUGGUGGGAGGGUAGCGCGCUUUUCACAAGUUUGCUCCUCUACUGGUAUUACACUGGAGACAGUACCUACAACGACGAGGUCCGUCAGGGUAUGCAAUGGCAGGCGGGUGACUGCGAUUACAUGCCCGCCAAUUACAGUAGUUACCUGGGUAACGACGAUCAAAUGUUCUGGGGUCUUGCCGCCAUCACCGCUGCCGAGAUCGAAUUCGCCGACAGCUCCUCCGGAUAUUCCUGGCUCGCUUUGGCCCAGGGUGUUUACAACACUCAGAUCGACCGAUGGGAUGAUUCGACAUGUGGCGGCGGUUUGCGCUGGCAGAUCUACCCUUACGAGGCCGGUUACGCCAUGAAGAACUCCAUCUCGAACGGAGGUUUGUUCCAACUCGCCGCCCGCCUGGCCCGCUACACCUCAAACGACACAUACGCCGACUGGGCAGAGAAGAUCUUCGAUUGGUGUGCCUCGACUCCGUUGCUAAACAACGAGACUUGGAACGUGGCCGACUCCACCGAUGUCGAUAACAGCUGCUCCACCCAAGGCAACAACCAGUGGUCUUACAACUACGGCGUGUUCUUGACGGGAGCCGCGUACAUGUACAACUAUACCGGCAAGGCCAAGUGGAAGACUGCGGCGGAGGGCCUCUUGAACGUCACGCUCGACACCUUUUUCCCGGCGAAGUAUGGUGGAAACAUCAUGUCCGAAAUUCUCUGUGAGCCGACCGAAGUGUGCAAUGACAACGAAAUUCUGUUCAAGGGUCUCGUCACCGGAUGGCUUGGACUUGUGGCCCUAGUGAUGCCGUCGACGUAUGAUAGCAUUUUGCCAAAGCUGCAGGGGUCUGCCGAAGCUGCCGCAGCCUCCUGCAGCGGAAUGAGCAACAACACUUGUGGUGUGCGCUGGUGGCCCAAGAAGUGGGAUGGAUGGAACGGAAUGGAGGAGGAAAUCGCCGUCACCAACGUUCUAUCCUCCGCGUUGGUCAACACGAAGAAAACCGCCCCUGUGACCUCCAGCACCGGAGGCAAUAGUAGUAGUGAUCCGAACGCAGGUACGGGCGACAACACCGGGAGCAGCGGCAGUACCGAAUCGAAGAUCACCACGGGCGACAAGGCGGGUGCCUCCAUCCUGACCAUUGCCUUUGUGGGCAUGUGGGGAGGUAUGAUCGCUUGGAUGGUCAUUGGCGGUUGA